AUGUCUCGAACAGCCCUCACAAACAUCGCCCGGCCGAGGGUUCUGUAUGCCCCAAGGACUCUCAGACCAGCCGCACUGUCAUUAGUGUCUCACAAGGCUGCACCAAUUGUCACAAGACCCUUGUCUAUGACCUCAAAACGAAGCCUAAGGACAUCUUCCAUCAAACUAGCAACAACAAGCCCAGUUGUGCAGAAGAAGCUCGAUUCCUUCAUCCCAUUGAUUGACUUCUCAAAAUUCAUCCACGGCUCAGAACCAGAGCGUAAACAAAUCGCCGCCGAGAUCCUAAGCGGCUUCCAAAACGCCGGCUUCAUCUACCUCCAGAACCACGGCAUCGCCCCCUCCGCCGUCCGCACCGCCUUCGCCACCUCGGCCAGCUUCUUCGCCGAGCCCGACGAGGACAAACUGAACCUCUCGUGGCUCAGCCCGGAGUCGAACCGCGGCUACUCGGCGCCUGGGCGCGAGAAGCUGAAGCGGGUGGGCGAUAAUGGCAAAGAUGACGCGCCGCCCGACAUGAAGGAGAGUUUCGAGAUUGGACGCGAGGGUGACCCCGCGUUUCCGAACCAGUGGCCGAGGGACGGGACGAUGGUGGAGGGGUUCAAGGAUACCAUGUUGGGGUUCUAUGGGCUGUGUAGACAGCUUCAUGGGAAUGUGAUGAGUGCGAUUGCUGUCGGCAUGGGGCUUGAUGCCACGUACUUUGAGAGGUUCAUUAGUUCGGGGGAUAAUACUUUGAGGCUGCUGCAUUAUCCUGGUGUUGAUGCCAGUGUUUGGAAGAACGCCAAUGCUGUUAGAGCCGGUGCUCAUAGUGACUAUGGCUCCCUCACUCUUCUUUUCCAAGAUGGGAGGGGAGGGCUGCAGGUCCAAAGCCCAUCCGGAGACUUCGUUGAUGCCACCCCCGUGGAGGGAGCCAUCGUUGUAAACGCGGGUGACUUGCUCGCCAGAUGGAGCAACGACACCAUCAAGAGCACUAUCCACCGUGUGGUAGAGCCGCCGGUGAAGGAGGCCGAUAGCUACCCUCCUCGAUACAGCAUUGCAUAUUUCUGCAACCCGAAUCACUCCAGUUUCAUCGAGGCAUUGCCUGGUACCUUUGCGACGGAGGACUCAAAAAAGUACAAGGGCAUUCAGACGGGCGAGUAUUUGGUUCAGAGACUCACUGCCACUUACUAG